CCCGGCAACGGCGGCGGCGGAGCGGGGCCGGGAGCGGGGCCGGGCCGGGGCCAUGUCGGCGCGGACGCUGCCGCUGCUGUUCCUGAACCUGGGCGGGGAGAUGCUCUACAUCCUGGACCAGCGGCUGCGCGCCCAGAGCAUCCCCGGGGAGAAGGCGCGCAAAGAUGAAUGGACAGAUGUGGACAGGAAACGAGUUAUGAACGACAUCAUCAGCACCAUGUUCAACAAAAAAUUCAUGGAGGAGCUGUUCAAACCCCAGGACCUGUAUUCCAAGAAAGCCCUGCGCACCGUGUACGACCGGCUGGCUCACGCCUCCAUCAUGAGACUCAACCAGGCCAGCAUGGACAAGCUCUACGACCUCAUGACUAUGGCCUUCAAAUACCAAGUGCUGCUGUGCCCUCGGCCCAGGGACAUUCUGCUGGUCACCUUCAACCACCUGGAUGCCAUCAAGGAUUUCAUCUCCGACUCCCCUGGCAUUCUGAACCAGGUGGAUGAGACCUUCCGGCGGCUGAUUGAAACCUACAACUGUCUCUCUGAUGGUGAAUUCCAGCUCAUCAGGCAAACACUUCUCAUUUUCUUCCAGGACAUGCACAUCAGGGUCUCCAUUUUCCUGAAGGACAAAGUGCAAAACUCCAACGGUCGCUUCGUGCUGCCAAUCUCGGGGCCUGUCCCAUGGGGCACAGAGGUGCCAGGGCUCAUCAGGAUAUUCAAUCACAAAGGAGUGGAAGUGAAAAGGGCCGAGUUCACCACUGCUGGGAAUUACGUUACUCCACAAAGGGAAGGAUCUUUUGAGCUUUAUGGAGACAGAGUCCUCAAACUUGGAACAAAUAUGUACAGCGUGACCCGGCCAGUGGAGACACACACGUCAGGAUCAUCCAAAAACCUGGCAUCCCAGGCAAAGGAGAACAUAGCCCCCAACCCUCUUGCUAAAGAAGAGCUGAACUUUUUGGCCCGGCUGCUGGGAGGUUUGGACAUCCAGAAACCCGCUGGUGGCGAGUCGGGAUUUCGGCUGAACUUGUUCACAACUGACGAGGAGGAAGAACACGCUGCACAGACCAGACCCGAGGAGUUGUCCUACAAGGUUAUCAACAUUGAAGCCACGCAGGAGCCGGGGCGGCGGGCGGAGCUGUCCCGCAUCCUGGGCGAGCUGGACGUGGCGGAGCCGCGCCCGGACAGCGCCGAGAAGGGAGAGGAUCUGCUGGCACUGAUGGACGGGCUCUGAGCAGGACACGGGGACACCGGGACAAGCGGACAUCGGGACAUUGCAAGACGCGGACAUCGGGACAUUGCAAGACGCGGACACCGGGACAAGCGGACACCGGGACACACGGACAGCAUGAUAUGAGGACACCGGGACACACGGACACCGGGACACACGGACACCGGGAUAUGCGGACAACGGGACAUGGGGACAACGGGGCACAAGGACACCGGGACACACGGACACCAGGACAUGGGGACAAUGAGGCAUAGGAACACCGGGACACACGGACACCAGGACAUGGGGACAGCGGGACAUAGGAGUAUUGGGACACGUGGACACCGGGACAGUGGAACAUAGGGAUGUUAGGAUACGUGGACACCGAGACAUGGGGACAACAGGGCAUAGGGACAUUGGGACAUGCAGACACUGAGACAUGGGGACACCGGGACUUGGGGACACCGGGGCACGCGGACAGCGGGACACAGGGACAAUGGGGACACGCGGACACUGGGACAUGGGGACAAUGGGGCAUGGGACAGCGGGACACGCGGACACUGGGGACAAUGGGGCAUGGGACAGUGGGACACAGGGACGCUGGGGCAUGCGACAGCGGGACAUAGGGACACUGGGGACAAUGGGGCAUGCGACAGCGGGACACAGGGACACUGGGGGCAUGGGGACAAUGGGGCAUGGGACAGGGGGACAUAGGGACAUUGGGACAGGCGGACACCGG